AUGUUCCCUGCGCAGGACGCUCUGCCCCGCGGCGGGCUGAACUUGAAGGAGGAGCCGCUGCUGCCCGCCGGCCUGGGCUCGGUGCGCUCCUGGAUGCAGGGCGCGGGCAUCCUGGACGCCAGCACCGCGGCGCAGAGUGGUGUGGGCCUGGCACGAGCACACUUUGAGAAGCAGCCCCCCUCCAACCUCAGGAAAUCCAACUUCUUCCACUUCGUGCUGGCCAUGUACGACCGGCAGGGACAGCCCGUGGAGGUGGAACGCACAGCCUUCAUUGACUUCGUGGAGAAGGACCGAGAGCCAGGGACUGAAAAGACCAACAAUGGGAUCCAUUACCGCCUCCGGCUGGUGUACAACAAUGGACUUCGGACGGAGCAAGAUCUCUAUGUUCGUCUCAUUGACUCCAUGUCCAAGCAGGCCAUCAUCUAUGAAGGGCAGGACAAGAACCCUGAAAUGUGCCGAGUGCUGCUCACCCAUGAGAUCAUGUGCAGCCGAUGCUGUGACCGGAAAAGCUGCGGCAACCGGAAUGAGACACCCUCAGACCCCGUCAUUAUUGACAGAUUCUUCCUCAAGUUCUUCCUCAAAUGCAACCAGAACUGCCUGAAGAAUGCAGGGAAUCCCCGAGAUAUGCGGCGCUUCCAGGUGGUGGUGUCCACGACGGUGAGUGUGGAUGGACACGUGCUGGCCGUGUCUGACAACAUGUUUGUGCACAACAACUCCAAGCAUGGCCGCAGGGCGCGCCGUCUGGAUCCCUCUGAAGCUGCCACCCCCUGCAUCAAGGCCAUCAGCCCCGGGGAGGGCUGGACCACGGGCGGCGCCACCGUCAUUGUCAUCGGGGACAACUUCUUCGACGGGUUGCAGGUCGUGUUUGGAAACGUGCUUGUGUGGAGUGAGUUAAUCACGCCCCACGCCAUCCGGGUGCAGACGCCCCCACGGCACAUCCCCGGGGUGGUGGAAGUGACCCUCUCCUACAAGUCCAAGCAAUUUUGCAAAGGAGCCCCCGGCCGCUUUGUCUACACAGCCCUGAACGAGCCCACCAUUGACUACGGGUUCCAGAGACUACAGAAAGUCAUUCCCAGACACCCUGGAGACCCCGAGAGGCUGCCCAAGGAAGUGCUGCUGAAGCGGGCGGCCGACUUGGCGGAGGCGCUGUACGGAGUGCCCAGCAGUAACCAGGAGCUCCUCCUGAAACGCGCGGCGGACGUGGCCGAGGCUCUGUACAGCGCCCCCCGCGCGCCCGCGCCGCUCGGACCCCUGGCCCCGAGCCAUCCGCACCCGGCCGUCGUGGGCAUCAACGCCUUCAGCAGUCCGCUGGCCAUCGCCGUCGGGGACGCCACACCAGGACCCGAGCCGGGCUACGCGCGCAGCUGCAGCAGCGCGUCUCCCCGCGGGUUCGCGCCCAGCCCCGGCUCGCAGCAGAGCAGCUACGGCAGUGGCCUCGGAGCUGGCAUUGGCGGCUACGGCGCGCCAGGCGUGGCCGGCCUUGGUGUGCCUGGGUCCCCUAGCUUCCUCAAUGGUUCCACGGCCACCUCGCCUUUCGCCAUCAUGCCCUCUAGUCCCCCGCUGGCGGCUGCCUCCUCCAUGUCCCUUCCCGCCGCUGCCCCCACCACCAGCGUCUUCUCCUUCUCGCCUGUCAACAUGAUCUCUGCCGUCAAACAGAGGAGCGCCUUCGCCCCCGUGCUGCGCCCACCCAGCUCCCCGCCCCAGGCCUGCCCCAGAGCCCAUGCGGAGGGGCUUCCAGACCAGCCUUUUGAGGAUUCUGACAAGUUCCACUCUCCAGCCCGGGGGCUCCAGGGCCUGGCAUACUCCUAAUUACGGUCUGUGGGUAUUGUCCCCACAGAGCCUGGACUGGAGGUGCCUCUGGGAUUCACAACCACGCCCUGGAUGGCAGCACAGACAGAUGCAGGGCCAGGGCUACGGGCAGACCUCAAUCCCCAGGCUGCAUGGGGAGAGGCCUUCAUCCUCCUGCUCAAGCCUCCUGGACCAACUCCACAGGCUCCUCUUGCCUCCCUUCCUUUGGGCUGCUUGGAAGCCCCAGCACUGUGCAAAUGCUCUUGGUAGGGGGCGUCCCAGGGAGGUGCUGGGAUGCCGUGCCUCACUUGCUGGGUCUUAGUCCCUCUGAAAGAGAUGGAUCUUGUGCAGACCGGGGAUGUCCAGUGAGGGGAGCAUGGGAUGGGGACCGUGGGAAAGAAGACAGCUCAGGGAGAAGUGACCUGGAAAGGUCCUGUUUGCAUCUGACCCAUCUCAGCUGGCCCAGCAUCCCAUCUUCUCUCCAGCAGAAAGGGCGGUGCCGGAAGUCUCAGGAGCCCUACCCAGGCUCCCAUUGAGCCCCCAACAGCCAACUGGACCCUGUGGCUGUCCCCGCUUCCUUUGAGAACUGCACACUCAUGCUUGCAACAUCAUGCCUCUCUGUGGGGGCUUUGGGCAUGGGAGGCAGAACAGGGGAUACCAGGUUCCCAGAAUUUGGGGUCUAUCCCUAACAGAUGUCUCAUGGACUCUGGCCCCAGACACGUACUAACUCUGGCUGGUCCCAUGGAAUGGCCCAACUGCUUCCCAGGUGGCCUCACACUCUGCUCUGCUAAGUUUGGAGAAAACAAUAAACCAGAUGCAGGUGGCUACCUGGCCUCUCUUGCCUCCUUGAUGUG